UUACUUGUGUGUGUGCGUGUGUGUUUGUAUGUUGUUAUCUACGUUAUCGGUAAACACCGUAAUUACUUUAUUGCCAGAAGAUUUUCUACCGGUAGUUUAACGCUUUGUUAGUGUUAUUUGUGUCGCUGAGAGAGCCAAACAGUAGACACAAGCAACAGCGAUGGAUACCGUUAUCAAGCUAAACAGCCAAACUGUUGGAAAAGAUAAAAUUGCGAGAUUUUGCCAGUAUUCCUGCCGUGCUGUAUGGGCCAGCAAAAAUGGACAAGAAUCUGCCGAUACAAUAGCAUUGUUGAAACACAUUGAAAGCACGCUAAGCUCAUUCCGUAAAUUGCUACGCUUUGGAAAAGGAUUCGAAGUACUGUACAGUGCUACCGGAUGUGCCGCGCAGUUCAACCAAACGGCGGCUGGUCUGAAAUCGAACGAACUAUACGACCAUUUGUUUAUAACGCUUGGGAAGUUUGCGUCGGGAUUGUUUCUGCUAGCCGAUCAUGUCGUGUGGCUGUCACGGGCCGGUAUUAGCAAAGGUAUCAACACCACCAAAUGGGUCGAUCGAUCGAAUCGUUUCUGGUUGAUAUCGAUCCUGCUCAAUCUGUGCCGGGACAUGCAGGAACUCUACCGACAGUUUGUGUACUACAGCCGAUCGAAUGUGCGGAACCUGCGACGCACAAUGUAUGCAUUGUAUCGCGAAAACAAGCCACUCCUGGUUGAUACAAUCAAAAACGCUUGUGAUGUGUUUAUUCCACUGAACGCUCUUGGAAUCUUGCCGGUGUCGAACAAAACGAUCGGAAUGCUAGGAGCCAUUUCUUCCAUUAUGGGACUGUUACCGUUACUGUAUCCGAGAUUAAAAUUUUAACAGUAAGAUUUGGCCUAGGCGACGAACGUGAAGCGUGCUCAAUUGUGUUGUUACGUUUGUGAUGUGGUGGUGGAUGGAAUGGAAUUGUAUUUGAAGCUGAACCAUACAAAUUUACACAGGCGUGGGACAAUUUUGUAAAACUAUAUUUUCCGAACCGAAUACAAUGUUUGAUAACUAUGCAUAA